AGUGCAACAGUGAAGCUUUAUUUGAUAGAGGAAGAGGAUCAGGCUUUGGAUACACAUAAUUCAUUGUUUGUCCAACACUGCUUUAUCUUCUCUUCUCAGUGGAGGACAAAGUGAGAGAAGAAUGUCAUCCAGCUGUCAGAAUAUUCAGGACCACUUCUUCACUACUCGGGAUCAUACGGCAGCAGGAGUCUGCAGAGCAAGCAAAGUACAGGAGCAGAGGGCUUUGUCUCUGAAAGCACACUGCAGUUCUCUGUGUUUUCCUGGAGCCCGGUCAGCAUGAGGACGGCUCUGCUGGUUGUUUGUCUCCUUCCUGUGCUCACAGCGACGGCACAGUCUACCCCAGCAGGGAGCGUUGACCCUGUGGUCGCUCUGAAAAAUGGGCGAAUCAGAGGGCAAUACGUGACGGUGAAAGGCACGGAGAGGAGGGUGAAGCAAUACCUGGGGCUCCCGUUUUCCCGCCCCCCCGUAGGGCCCCUCCGCUUGGCUGCUCCCCAGGAUACAGAGCCCUGGGAGGGGGAGAGAGACUGCACUCACCAGCCUCCCAUGUGCAUCCAAGAUCCAGAACUAAUUGUGAGUGUUUCUAGGACCAUGUCGAUGCAAUAUACCCCACCAGAGCUCUCAGAGGACUGUCUGUAUCUCAACGUAUACACUCCAGCUGAGGCAACGGAAGGGGACAAAGUGCCGGUGAUGGUGUGGAUCCACGGAGGAGGUCUGUCAAUGGGUGCAGCUUCUCAGUACGACGGCGCUCCUUUGGCUGCGUAUGAAAACAUAGUGAUGGUUAUUAUUCAGUAUCGCCUCGGCAUCCUGGGAUUCCUGAGCACUGGAGACGAGCACGCUCAGGGCAACUGGGGUUUCUUGGACCAGCUAGCAGCACUGAGAUGGGUGCAGGAGAGUAUCGAGGCCUUUGGCGGCGAUCCACAAACUGUCACAGUGGCUGGAGAAUCGGCAGGAGGCAUCAGUGCAUCAAUACUGACUCUGUCUCCACAAGCAGAAGGACUGUUUCAGAGGGCAGUCUUUCAGAGUGGAGUAGCAACGCUUGGGACCUACACGACAAGACAUCCUUUGGGUCAUGCCAAGAUUGUUGCCAACCUCACUGGAUGCGACCGCAGCAGCACAGAGGAACUGGUCCAGUGUAUGAAGGGGAAGAGUAAAGAAGAGCUAGUUGAUGCAACUAAAAAGAUGAGAAUCUACCUGGGAGCCGUGGUGGACGGAGUGUUUCUCACCGACACAGCCGAGGAGCUGCUCAAGAGGAAAGAGGUGUUGAGGGUUCCGGUGAUGAUGGGAAUAACCAACCAUGAGUUUGGAUGGAUCCUGCCUCAGAGCUUCGCCCCUCCUGGCUGGGAGAACGGCAUGAGCAGAGCGUCUGUGCUGGCAGUGAUGAACAUGUUCUAUCCUACUGGGGCCUCCUCUGCCAACAAUCUCAUCGCCGACGAGUACAUGAAAGAUGCCAAAACACCGGAGGAGAUCAGAGACGCGUUCACCGAGAUCGUGGGAGACCUGCUGAUGACGCUGCCUGUCGUCAUGGUGGCCGGAUACCACUCAGACGCGGGCGUUCCGGUUUACAUGUAUGAGUUUGUGUACCGUGCUGGGAUUCACAAAGACACCAGACCCAGCUUCGUAAAGGCAGAUCAUGCAGAUGACGUCGGCUUCAUGUUUGGUGGAUGUUUCUGGAGUGGACAUAUACAGAUCAUAGGCAACAUCACCACGGAGGAUGAAAGACUCUGCAGGACCAUGAUGUCAUACUGGGGCAGUUUCACAAGGACUGGCUCUCCCAACGGCCCUGGGCUCGUCGUCUGGCCUCAGUAUGACAGACAGAAGCAGGAGUACCUGGAGCUGGGUCUGACGCAGACAGUGAGACAGAACCUGAGGAAGGACCGGGUCCAUUUUGCUACUGUCGUCCUGCCUCAGAAGCUGGAACAGUUGGCAGCAACAGCAGCAGCCGAAGCUGCAAACUGAUCUCCGCAGGCUGCCAUGUUGUUUGUAUCGGUCCAAAGUUUGAGCAUUCUUAUGUCUCCUCACUGAAAAUCACUAACAAUGUGAAUCACUGCCUCCCCCCCGCUAUCUCUGGUUUAGAAAGGAUUCACUGGCUUUCUUUGGCAAGUCUUUGAAGUGUCUCUUUUGACUUUCUGUAAAAUAGCUGUCAAUAAAGAAAACCCUUUCAUUGCAAAGACACGAAAUGUGUCUCUUGUGAACACACACCGAUGGCGUCAUGGUUUGUAGACGCAGUUUGAAAUAUCUCCAAAAUUU